GCGACUUGUUUGUUUUUGUUUAGUUUUGCGUUCCCCAAGUCGACGAACGUCUUUUCAUAAUCGCGAGUUAGAUUUCGUUUUGUUAAUUAGUGAUUUUUUCUCAUCGAUGUCGUUGCAACCAAUUCUUCCAAACUGAAGAGUGCUAUCUGAUCACCUGUUAUUUGGUAUACGGUUUUGAAGAGUAAAGAAAAAUGAGGCGGUGGAAAAAAAUAUACUUGCACUGCAACAAAGGCAAAGACGAGGUGUCCAUGCUGGUAGCGGCGAAAACUCUGGGAGCCACCCCGUUGGUCAUCGCAUGCCGAAAUGGCCACUAUGACGUCGCAGAGUACCUGAUCGAGAGAUGUCACGCGGACCUUGAGCAACCAGGUUCAGUGAUGUUCGACGGCGAGACCAUAGAGGGCGCCCCGCCGUUAUGGUGCGCAGCCGCGGCGGGCCACCUGGACAUCGUGAAGCUGCUGAUCAGCCACGGCGCCAAGGUGAACACCACCACCCGCACCAACUCCACCCCCCUGAGGGCGGCCUGCUUCGACGGCCACCUGGAGAUCGUGAAGUACCUAGUGCAACACGGUGCCGACAUAGAGGUGGCCAACAGGCACGGUCACACUUGUCUUAUGAUCGCAUGCUACAAGGGACACAUUAGGAUAGCAAAGUACUUACUUAGUUUGAAAGCUAGUGUUAAUAGGAAAAGUGUCAAGGGCAACACGGCUCUGCAUGACUGCGCGGAGUCGGGCAGUCUGGAGAUACUCAAGUUGCUGAUUGAACAUGGGGCUACCAUGGAUGUGGAUUCUUACGGAAUGACACCAUUGUUAGCAGCUGCCGUGACAGGACAUAAUCAUAUAGUAGAAUAUUUAAUAAAACUUCCACAUCUUGUAUCAAGAAGGGAAAGGAUUGACGCUUUAGAAUUAUUAGGUGCAACCUGCGUCGAUAAGAAACGUGAUAUGAUAGGUGCUUUAGAAUUAUGGAAACGUGCUAUGCAUGAUAGAUAUUAUGGAGAUGGUCCCCCGAUCCCCAAACAAAGGAGCCAAAAAGUCGCCGCAUAUGACUACGUCUUGGAAAUAACAGACCCCGAGAAUCUAGAUGACUUGAUGGCCGACCCGGACGAAAUGAGGAUGCAAGCGCUGGUCAUGAGGGAGAGAAUUUUAGGCCCCGCUCAUCCCGACACGAGCUACUACAUACGUUACCGAGGAGCCGUCUACGCGGAUGCGGGAAAAUUCAACCGCUGCAUAGAACUCUGGAACUACGCUCUAGAUAUGCAACAAUCCAUGUUGGAGAGGUUAAAUCCUAUGACGCAGAGCAGUUUGUUCAGCUUCACCGAGUUAUUCUCGUUCAUGAUGGGCGAGGAAGGCAAACACACCACUAGAGGGCGUCUGGUACCACCCGUAGAUGUCGCCGAGGUCUUACGAGUGUUUAACAAGGCGGUGAAGGAAGUGGAACUGGGAAGUUUAAUGUUGGAGCGGAUGCCCAACAUGGAGCGAGAUAUGACCUACCUAACCCGAGUGAUGGUCAUAACGCUGCACCUGGCCUGCUUGUUAACGCGUCUCUUAGAUCACCACACCAGCACUGAAGAUAUAACAAAGGAGAUCUACAAGGCGAUAUACAACCUCGUAAAACUGAAGAUUAAAGCCCGUUCCGGUCGAACCGUCCUCCACCUAGCUUGCUGCAGGGACGUCUCGCUCCUCGGAAAGUACCCCGCCUGCCUGUUCCCCUCCCCCUACCUGGCCGAGGUGCUGCUGAAGGUGGGCGCCGAUCCCAACCUCAAGGACGACGACGGCAACACCCCCCUCCACCUCGCCGCCAUGGCGAAGCCCUGUCCCGCCAGCAUCGCGCAGACUCUGUUGAACUUCGGCGCGCACAUUGACUUAGUGAACAAUAACGGGGACACGUUCGCCAGUUUGCUCAAGGGACAGCAAGUGCACGAGUUAGUGAACACCGCGAAAUACACAAGACUGAGUUGCGCCGCCGCCAGGGUCAUCCAGCAGUUCAAGAUACCGUACAGGGGGAUCGUGCCGGCGGCGCUCGAGUCCUUCAUCGCAUGCCACUGAAUUUUGUGAUUGUUUUAUAUUUUUUAUCGUCAUUAAACGUACACAUGUUUGUCGAGAUCUACAAUUCUGCGUUCUCGCCCUUGGUCUUCGAUUGUACUGAAUUCGUUACUUUAUUUCCUUAAGGUAGGCGUAAGUUUCUGGCUCUUUAGGUAAGUGGUGUAUUUCACGGGAUGAACGGGCUAGUCUGCGGGAGUUUCGUUAGAUGGACGAGUUUUUUCAAAUAUUUCUAAUUUUAUUUACGAUUACAGGGUGUCGUAUUUCGACUCGAUAACUUCCAGACCAGGUGGAAAAUGUGAAAAUAAAUAGACUUAUAUAAAGGAUGUGG